AUGUGUCCCAGCAGUGCGGCGGCCUUCAUGGAUGGUGCAGAUGUGGUCCGCGGCCCCAAGACGCCUUUCUGGGGCUGCCAGAGUUGCGGACUCACCAGCAACUGGGCGUGCAGGCUGCGGUGCCGCUGCGGGGCUAAGGCCCCCGCGUUCGUGCUGCAGCGCGCCAAGGCCUUUGGCGGCGGCGGGAGCCCUCCUCGGCUGGAGCCUGGGCGCGGCCGUCCUCCUGCUGCUGGUUCGCGGCGAGAGGCCAAACUGGAAUCCAAGCUGGCAGAGUUGCAGAAGAAGCUGGACCAGGUCAUUGGAGGUGCUACCAAGCCCGCCCGCGCCCCUACUGUUGGACAAGGGCCUGGCCAGCAUGGGGGCACGCAAUCCAAUGGUGGAGGAGGUGACGGGCAAGAUCCACUACAGGCACGAGUGCUCGAGCUCGAGGGUGCGAUCAAGGCCUGUGGCAAGAGUGACGACACGGUCGAGGCGCGGACGCUACUUGAGACCAAGCUCAAGGCGGUGCGCUCGGAGAUCGAGAGUAAGAAGCCGAGCAUCACGCAGCACGCCAAUGUGGGGCAUCGCUUGGCUCGUGCUACUACGAAGAUGGAGAAGGUCACGACAGAGCUGGAGGAGCAUAUCAAGUUGCUUGACGAGCUCAAUGUCAAGACGGACGAGAUCAGGGCACGCAAGAUCGCAGCGGAGGCUGAAGUGGCUGAACUUCAGAGGCAGCACGUGCAGUCACUCCCUGGUCAGGCUUCUGACGCAGGCGACAAACGGCCCGUUGACUUCUCCCUCCCACCAGAGGCCUUGGAGGGCAAGGACGCGAUCAAGUCUAUGCUCGAGACGGCCGAGUUCAAGGAGUUCGUCAAGCUGUUUGCUGUGCAUCGAGCUGCCUCUGGUCCUGGGGCUGACGCUGAAUCCAAUGUCGACGACGGUGAGCAAGUGCCCACGCCUCAUGACGAGGAGAUGGAUGAUGCGUUCCAGGACGAAGCAGCUGCUGAGGCUUUCUGGGAGAAGCACCGUGGCGACAAGCGUGCCUUCACUCAAGCCCUGCUGGGCGUUCAGCUCAAGAAGCCGAAGACAGUUACGUGCGACGAGAGGUGGCUCAGACUUCAGACCUACGUGGACCUGAAGGCAGUGUGGCACCUGCUGGACGUGCUGCAGUACGGCCAGGGUAUCAAGUUCAACGAGGCGUCUGGCAUGCCCCGCAAGGCCUCCAUGAUGAUAAUGCAGCCCAGUAUCGAAACGUGUGCCACGCCGAAAGCAAACACCAAGAUUGAUUAUUUCAUGGCGUCGGCGGCCUUCUGCAAGCUAGUGCAGAACACCGAGGUCGACAGCACGUGGCCGAAGAGCGCAUUCUCGUGCAAGCUGACAAGUUCAUUGAUCACAGUGAAGUGCAGGCUGCUCUUAACCUUGUGCAGAUUCUCUCUCAGCCAUUUGAAGCUGAGGGCCGAGGUCAUCCACGCACUUGCGGCUGCGGCGCAGGACUUGCACCGCGUUUUCAAGCAGGAGCUCGGGGUCAAUUUAGCCCAAGAUAAGUUGAUGACCUUUGGAUCGCCCCCCAGGGUUGCUUGUCGCCUCGGGGAGCAGCUCGACAAAUUGGCGGGUCAAGUCGGGACCCACAUGGUGACCUUAGAGCCCGAUUCAGUAGGCCACAGGAUCUUCAGAUGCCAGCACGCGGAGGUCGUCGCGGCAAGGCAGGCCGCCGACGUCUCCAUGGCCUUUCUCGAGAGCGCCCAGAGCGGGGACGCGCAGUUUUUCGAGGCCCUCAAGUUUCAGCACCCAGCGGCCGAGUGGCCGAAUCUCUCGGAUGUGCACGAGCCAGAGCUUUUCGACAUGAAUGGGCAAAAAGUGGAGUGGGAUCAGUUUGAUGGUUCCGCCUUGUUCCAAGCUGGAGAUGGGUCAUGCGCUCGGCACACCAUCAGAGAGCUCUCGAGGGCGGCUUACUCGUGGGUCUUCUUUGAUGCGGAGGGCGUGCAGCGAUAUGUCAUUGACUGCGCCACGAGCUGGCACGACUGGGAGUCAUGGCUGUGGGGCCACAGGCGCGGCGGGCGCCUCUACGUGGAGCGCAUGCCUGGCCUGGGGAUACGUCGGGCGUUUCCUUGCGGAUUCUCGCGUUUUGUUGCGGGCACUUGUUUCCUGACGCGCCUCCGUCUCGACAUCUUCGAGGCGCCGGGCGCCCGGGAGGCGAGCGGCGCCGGGCACGGGCUGCGCGCGAGCGCCCGUCGUCUCCGCGCGAGCUCGCCGCACCGCCGUGCUGCGAGCGCCCUCGUCUCGCUCGUCGCACGGCAGUGA